AUGCCUACCAAGCUCGAGACCGCCGUCGCCAACGCCCUCACCCAGGCUCAGUCCGAGAGCGGCAAGUCCAAGGACGAGGUCAUGAAGAUGGCCCACUCCUUCGCCGGCAAAUACCUCAAGAAGAACGGCAUCUCCGCCACCGACGCCCUCCACCGCUGCGAGUUCGACGGUUGCGAGCGCGCGUACGAGAACCGCAGCUCCCUCAACCGCCACUACAAGAAGGACCACGACGGCAAGAACCCCGAGGACGAGGAGUAG